AUCGCCACUCCUGCUGCCGCGGUUUUGGCGUUUGGGGUCUGAGAAUAAAUUUAGUUUCGUUUAUUUUAGGUGACUGUUGCACUGUCUGUGUUUUUCUGGACAGUUGUAGUGCUCGGUUCCCAAGGAAAGGGUGUCAUAAAAGAACAUUUAGACCCUUGUGUUGCGAGCGCGCGGUCGGCGGCAGCGGCCAUGGCGGACGCGCCGGCUCCCUCCCAGUCGCUGGAGCAGUUCGUGCUGCUGGCCAAGUCGGCGCGCGGGGCGGCCGCCGCCCAGCUGGUGCGGCAGGCGCUGGACGCUCCGGGACUGUACGUGUUCGCCGAGCUGCUGGACAUGCCCAACAUCAGCGAGCUGGAGAAGCAGCCGGAGUACGCGCCGACGCACCAGCUGCUGCGGCUGUUCGCCUGCGGCGUGUACCGCGACUACGUCCGGGGCCGGCCGGGCCUGCCCGAGCUGAGCGCCGUGCAGCUGCUCAAGCUGCGCCACCUCACCAUAGUCACAAUGUCCACACAGACCAAGCGUAUACCCUAUAGCGACCUCAUGAAAGAACUGGGCCUGGAUAACACCCGGGAAUUAGAAGACGUUAUUAUAUCUGCCAUAUAUUCGGAUGUGAUACGGGGCAAGUUGGACCAGCGCGGCGGCCAGCUGGAGGUGGAGUACGCGGCCGGCCGCGACGUGCGGCCCGAAGACGUGCCGCGCGUGGUGGCCACGCUCGAGGCCUGGUGCCGCACCUGCGACACGGUCAUGCAGUGCGUCGAGCACCAGAUCCACACGGCCAACAGCGAGAAGGAGGCGCGCGCCCGGCACCGGGCCGCCGUCGACGCCAAGAUCCAGACAAUCAGAAAGAGCUUGAAGGCACAGGAGCAGGACGAGCCGAUGUCGUCCGACUCCAAGGAGACUGUAUCCACCUCAGAGAAGUCCAAGAAACUAAAGACGAAAGGUGCCAAGGCGGGCACCAGUAAACUGUGGAAGUCAUGAAGCUGUGGCGCCGGCCGCGGGGUGCUGCUUAUGCGAGAGAGCGUGCGAACUCUCCUCUGGGCUCCCAUAGCAGUGUAUAGGCCGUGUGUAAAUUGUGAUAGCACGGGGGUGCGUCACCGUGCUUUUGAUCGCCCUCGAAUGUCGCCGGCGAGCCCGCGCCGACGCCCAAGAAAAGGCAGGGAUAGGGAGACGGCCGGGCGGACAGCCUGCUGCCAACGCCGGGCUCGCACGUGCUGCCGGAGACCCCGACGGAGAUCAGUCCUCGGCCGGGCGAACGGCCUGCUGCCAACACCAGGCUCGCACGUGCUGCCGGAGACCCCGGCGGAGAUCACUCCUCUGCAAACUUUUUGCGAGCGAGGAUUUUCGGGUGCGUGCUUGUCCUCUGUUGAGAACGUGACCCGAGACCGGAGUGAGGGCUCCCGCUGAGGCCCCGGGGCCCGUGCAGGGCCAGCAGGGACAGCUUUCCGACCCAGUUGCCUCCUGGAGGGUGCUGCGAUGUUCAUACACCGCGGCCGCAGUCGCCGGUGCCUGCGUCGGGGUCUUUGCUGACAGAUCUGUGCAGGAUUAUUCUUUGCGAACGGUCUCUGUUGACGGGUUCAGCCGCGCGCUGCGACCUACCGGAAACGGACGCUCGCCCAGCUCUGUCGGAGACGGACGCUCGCCCAGCUCUGUCGGAGAUGGACGCUCGCCCAGCUCUGUCGGAGACGGACGCUCGCCCAGCUCUGUCGGAGAUGGACGCGAGCCCAGCGUUGUCGGAAGUGCUCUGGGUUUGCACCGGGACUUUGUCCGUUUGAUUCGCGGGCUUGCGGCGCUGUUUCAAUCGAUGGGCUGCUCGCGGAGGGUGGUUACGGCGCUGCAAGCAGAGACCUCAGGCUCUCGUCAGUCGCGUCUGCUGGCCGCUGGCGGGUCUUCAGAUUCAAUUUGUAAUAACUGGAAUAAAUGAAGCAAGAAGUU